AUGCAAACAAAUAGCUGUGGGAGUUCCAACAACAAGGCACCCAUGCCUUGUGCUUUCCAAGAACCGAUGGCAGAACCCAGACACAUGCAAGAUGGAUCGGCAGCAGUAGCGGAGCAGCUGGAAACAAUUGAUUUGAGUGAGGAUCCCUCUGCCCCAAGGCCCAUUUCCAUAAGUGUUCAUUUAACAAGUGAGGAGAGGGCGGCCUUGGUAUCUUUGCUAAAAGAAUUCCGAGAUGUGUUCGCUUGGAGCUAUGAGGAAAUGCCUGGCUUAAACCCAAGCUUAGUAAGUCAUACUUUGAAUAUUGAGCUUGGUACAAAACCUAUCGUGCAGCCAAGAAGGAAUUUUCAUCCUGAAGUUGAGAAGCAAAUCAAGGUGGAAAUUGAAAAGUUGUUAACUGCCGGAUUUAUUAAGCCAAUCAAGCAUCCUACGUGGCUAGCAAAUAUUGUCCCUGUGAAAAAGAAAACCGGUGUGAUCAGAAUAUGCACGGAUUAUCGAGACCUCAACCGAGCUUGCCCAAAGGACGAGUUCCCGCUGCCUAACAUGGAUAUAUUAAUUGAUUCGACCUCGGGUCAAGGCUUGUUGUCAUUCAUGGAUGGGUUUAGUGGUUACAAUCAGAUCAAGAUGUCACCCAAAGAUGCUAAGAAGACAGCCUUUCGAACACCAUAUGGGAAUUUUUAUUUUACGGUCAUGCCAUUCGGCCUCAAAAAUGCUGGCGCCACCUACCAAAGAGCCAUGACAGCGGUAUUUCACGACAUGAUGGGAAAAGAAGUCGAAGAUUAUGUGGAUGACCUUGUGGUGAAGUCCAAAACCAGAGAAGGCCAUCAAGAAGUUUUAAGGAGAGUGCUGGAAAGGUGUCGGCUGUACGGUUUGAAGAUGAAUCCAAAGAAGUGUGCGUUCGGGGUUUCAUCCGGUAAAUUCUUGGGGUUUCAAGUACACCAGCGUGGCAUAGACGUGGAUCCUGAAAAGACUAAAGCCAUAAAUUCUCUUGCACCGCCUAAAAAUCCAAAAGAAUUGAAAAGCUUUAUGGGAAGAUUAUCGUAUAUUCAGCGCUUUAUCCCAGGUCUUGCUGCCACCAUGAGUGCUUUUACUCCAUUGCUCAAGAAAGGCAAGCCGUAUGAAUGGAGUAAGAAGUGCCAAGAAGCUUACAAGCAGGUGCAACAAAUAAUCACCAAGCUGCCCACUAUGAAAGCACCUAUUCCGGGGCUUCCUCUCAAGCUUUAUCUUGCUGCAACAAACACGGCGGUUGGGGCCUUACUUGCUCAAGAUGAUCACAGCGGGGAAGAAAGUCCUAUUUAUUACGUAAGUAGGCAACUAAGGGGAGCUGAAGUAAGAUAUCCGAAGACUGAACUCUUGUGCCUUGCUCUUGUCUAUGCCGCACAGCGCUUGCGGCAUUACUUCCUUGCUCACAAGCUACAUCUCAUGGUGAAGUCCGAUCCCGUAAGAUAUUUGCUUACAAGGCCGGUGUUAUUCGGACGCCUUGCACGUUGGCUGCUACAACUGUCCGAGUUUGAUAUCACCUGCACCACCCCAAAAGCCAUCAAAGGGCAGGCCGUGAUUGACAUGUUGGCUCUAUUUCCCGAAGUUGAAGAAUCAACAAUCUCUAAGGAAGUUCUGGGGGAGUUGCCGGAAAUGGUUGCUGUAGUCACAGAGGCAGAACAAUGGACCCUUUACUUCGAUGGGUCUUCUACAUCAAAGGGUGGAGGGGCAGGUGUGGUGCUUGUCAAUCCCGAGGGGCAAGCCACGACCCUCUCGUUUAAGCUAAAUUUCCCAUGCACAAAUAAUACGGCAGAGUAUGAAGCUUUUAUUGCAAGGAUGUCUACAGCAAGGGAAAUAGGUAUCAAAAGAAUUAAAAUUAUUGGGGAUUCAAACUUGGUGCUGAGUCAAUUACAAGGAAAUUUCGCCGUAAAGGAACCAGCAUUGGCACCAUAUCGUACAGCUGCUAAAAGGCUUGUUCGUUCUUUCAAACAGGUUGUGUUGGAACAUAUCCCGGGAGUCACCAAUAGAUAUGUUGAUGCGUUGGCCACUUUGGGGUCGAGGCUCUCAUUUAUUGAAGAACAGCCCAAUAUUGCAGUAAUCAAGAAGGACACGCCAGUUGUUGAAGCAAUGGCUCAAGAGGAGCAACUGGAAGAGGAUGACUGGAGGAAGCUUGUGAAAGAAAAAAUAGGCAAAGGAAGCGACAUCAAAGAAUUGAAGGAUUGUGCGAUCAUCUUUGGGGAACUGUACAGACGCCUUCCGGGAGGUAUUUUGACCCGCUGCAUAGGGAUAACAGAAGCACAGGAGAAGCUUCAAGAGGUACAUGAGGUCACUUGCAAUUUGGAGCCAAUAAUCAGCUUGUACCGGCGCCUGCAGCGCAAAGGUUAUUACUGGCCAGAAAUGAGGAAACAAGCAGCUGAAAUACAAGCCAAUUGUCCCAAGUGCACAAAGAUACCCUCCACCGAGGAAUCAUUCACCGCCUCGUUUGCGGAGGAUUGGAGGGCUCCAUACUUGGCAUCCUUCAUCAACGGAGUCUUGCCAACCAAUCCCAAGCAUGCACGCAAGCUCAAAAGGACAAUGAAAAGAUACUUCAUAGAUGGGUCAACUCUUUACCGUAAGGGGUUUAAUGGUGAGCCAUUAAAAUGCGUGGGAAAGUCAGAGGCACAACAAGUCAUGCAAGAGAUUCAUGCUGGGGAAUGUGGUGAGCACCAAGGAAUGAAGAAGCUUUACCGGCAGCUGCUGAGUGUUGGGUAUUAUUGGCCUACAAUGAAGAAUGAUGCAUACGACUUUGUGAAGAGGUGUCACACAUGUCAAGUUCAUGCCAACUUAAGUCAUAAGCCUCCCACGCUGCUGCAGGACAUGCGCACUCCUUGGCCCUUUCAUACUUGGGGGCUUGAUUUGAUCGGGACUAUCCAUCCACCAUCCGACGGCUACAUAUGGAUCCUCACAGCCACCGAAUAUUUCACAAAGUGGGUAGAAGCGGUCCCUUGCGGAAGGCCACAGGAGCUGCCGUUGCCAAUUUCAUCCGUGAAAAUAUUGUAUGUAGAUUUGGGAUCCCAUACAAGAUUGUCACCGACAAUGGCACCCCGUUUGUCAAUGGGCAAGUAA